AUGCCCGGCAAGACCCCCGAUAAAGAGCCCGUCGAGAAUGGCGGUUACCGGGGAGGAAAGGACAUGACGGACAAGGACCUCAAACCGAAGGGCAAGAAGGCGAGCAAGAAGGACGGAGACGACGAGAUGACGGUGGUUGUGCCACCCUCAAAAGCGUCAAAGCAGUCGUCGGUCCCUCCGCCCAACGAUGCCGAGGGUGACGUCGUCAUGGAUGACGCCGAGAAGGCUGCCGAGGGCGAGGUCAAGGCCGACCCCUUCGCCCAAAGCGUCAGCGAUAUCAAGAGCAACUUCGCCCUCCUAGACCGCGCCAUCGCCCUCUUUGACGCAAGAUUCACCCUGCGCGCCCUGCGGUCCAUCUCAUCAAUUCGCAAACGCCUGACGCCCGACAUUCUCGCCCAAGCCAUCUCAGAGACCUACUCGUCGUCCUCAGCCAGUGCCAACCUCGCGAAGCAGAUGCUGCAUGCGAUUGGUCGGCCAAACGUGUCGCUGGGCCGCCAAUCCGGCCCGGAGAUGGAGAUUGACAGCGAGCCCAAGGCUGUCUCUAAGAACAGCGCGAAGAAGGAGUUCAAGGAGGUCAUCCCCGAAGUGGAUGUCUUCUUGGGUAUCCUUACACAGGUUGCGUUGCACGACAGCAAACAGUUUCAGCAAGGUUUCGAGUUCUCGCACUCCCUUGUGGACCGGAUCCGCUCUGUCAACCGGCGCACCCUUGACAGCCUCUCCGCCAAGGUGUACUUUUACUACUCGUUGUUUGCUGAGCAGCUCGCCCCGCUCCCGCCCUCCUCGCAGUCUCCCGUCGUGUCGAUCCGCCCAACACUUCUUGCCGCGCUCCGGACAGCCGUGCUCCGCAAGGAUGUCGACACGCAGGCGUCGGUUAUCGUUCUCCUGCUCCGGAACUACCUCCUUACCUCGCACAUCUCGCAAGCCGACCUCUUGGUCUCGCACACCCAGUUUCCCGAGAAUGCCGCAAACAACCAGGUUGCCCGCUUCCUCUACUACCUCGGCCGAACCCGUGCCAUUCAACUCCGCUACACCGAGGCACACGAGCAUCUGACGGCGGCGACACGGAAGGCACCCUCGAGCCCCUGCGCCCUCGGUUUCAGCCAGACCGCGACAAAGCUCCUGCUCGUCGUGGAGUUGCUCAUGGGCGACAUCCCGGACCGCGCGACCUUCCGCCAGCCGGGCAACGAGACGGCGCUGCACCCCUACUUCCUGCUCGUCCAAGCGGUCCGGGUGGGCAACCUGGAAGACUUUGAAACCAUCAUUGCCGAGCACGCCGACACGUUCCGCCGCGACGGCACCUACACUCUGAUUUUGCGCCUGCGGCAGAACGUCAUCAAGACGGGCAUCCGCAUGAUGAGCCUCAGCUACAGCCGCAUCUCGCUGCGUGACAUCUGCAUCCGUCUGCACCUGGGCUCCGAGGAGAGCGCCGAGUACAUUGUGGCCAAGGCGAUCCGCGACGGCGUGAUCGAAGCGACGCUCGAUCGCGAGCGCGGCUUCAUGAAGAGCAAGGAGGUGGGCGACGUGUAUGCCACGCGGGAGCCGGGCGAGGCGUUCCACGACCGCAUCCGCGCGUGUUUGGCGCUGCGUGACGAGAGCGUGAAGGCCAUGAGGUUCCCCAUGAACCAGCACCGUCUGGAGCUGAAGAAUGCCCAAGAGGCCCGCGAGCGCGAGCGCGAAAUGGCGAAGGAGAUCCAGGAGGGUGACUUGGACGAGGACGACCUCGGCGGCGAGUUCGAGGGCAUGUAA